GUUGUUUUAGUAAGAAUUUGGAUGAAUCGGAUGGUUUCACGCUUCGCUACUCGAGGGAGGAUUUUUCUGUACGAAUGGAGGCGAAGAUGGUGUACGAAGGAGAAGGUGGUGGAUACUAUGCCUGGUGUCCCAAUGAGUUUGAAGCGCUAUGGCGCCACAAUGUAGGUGCUGUAAAGCUUUUUCUUUCCACCAACGGCCUUGCUUUGCCUUGCUACUCUGAUUCUCCCAAGGUUGCUUAUGUUCUUCAGGGUGGCGGUGUCGCUGGUGUUGUACUUCCUGGAAAAGAAGAGAAAGUAGUAGCCAUUAGAAAGGGCGAUGCUAUUGCGCUUCCUGUUGGAGUUGUCACUUGGUGGUACAAUAAAGAUGCUACAGAACUGGAGAUACUCUUUCUCGGUGAUACCAAAACUGCAACUAAAUUGGGUUCAUUCAAGGACAUUUUUACUGGUUUUUUGCCUGAGUUUGUUUGCAGAGCAUGGAAUCUGAAAGAAAGUGUUUUGAGAACUCUCAUUGGUCCGCAACUUGCCAAGAGUAUCAUCAAGCUUGACCCAGGCUUUGAAAUGCUGGAGCCUAAGCAGGACCAAAGAGAUGGCAUGUUACUCAACUGUGAGGAAGCAGCCUCCAGCACAGUGAGGGUGCGUUAUGUGGGUGGUAUCAUCGCUGACAGACACAUCGAAGCUGGUGAAUUGUUUGUUGUUCCAAGGUUACUUAAGGUGUUGAUAAUUACUGACCCUGAUGGCAUGGAAUGGUUCUCUAUUGUCACCAAUGAAAAGCCCAACCACUAUUUCUCACUCGGCUUUUGGGGCCUCCUUACAGAAGCCUCUAUUCCCAUGAGUUCAAGUUCUCCUGGCUGCUCUUAA